AUGGAAGAUCGAAAAACGGACAGCCAGGGGAUCCCGGAACGAAUUGAAGAGCUAGACACUCAAAGAACGAAAGAGAUUCUCCCUCCUUCGCCUCCCCCAACCGAUGAUAACCUAUCCAACCCGGACGAUGAAACCAUUGAGAUACCACUCCCACCCCCAACCACCAUCCCAACACAGACACUGGAUGUCGAUCUGAAGACACCAGACAGCCAUGUACCGAGAGAUCCCAGGCUCAUCAGACUAACGGGUGUCCAUCCGUUCAAUGUUGAGGCUCCUCUAACCGAACUAUUCAACGAAGGCUUCCUGACCAGUCCGGAACUGUUCUACGUCCGCAAUCAUGGAGCUGUACCCCAGGUCAAGGAUGAAGACAUAACUGAUUGGGAGUUCACGGUGGAAGGACAGGUGGAAAAUCCCAUGACCAUAUCGUUGAGGCAGCUCAUGACGGAGUAUGAUCAAGUGACAUAUCCAAUCUCGUUAAUAUGUGCAGGCAACCGGCGAAAAGAACAAAACAUGGUUCGGAAGACUAAGGGAUUUUCUUGGGGAGCCGCUGGCGUCUCAACAGCCCUCUUUACCGGUGUGGUCAUGCUCGACGUACUCAAGAGAGCCAAGCCUAGGCGGAGGGCAAAGUACGUCUGUAUGGAAGGCGCCGACAAGCUACCAAAUGGAUACUACGGCACCUCGGUCAAACUCAACUGGGCCCUGGAUCCUAAUCGAGGAUUCAUGCUGGCCUACAAGAUGAAUGGCGAGACUUUGAGACCUGACCACGGAAAGCCUCUGCGCGCCGUCAUUCCCGGACAAAUCGGUGGUCGCUCGGUCAAGUGGCUUAAAAGGCUCAUUGUUACUGACAGCCCCAGCGAUAAUUGGUACCAUAUAUAUGAUAACCGUGUCUUGCCGACCAUGGUGUCGCCUGAGGAAUCGGCAAACAACCCUAAGUGGUGGACAGACGAGAGAUAUGCCAUUUACGAUCUCAACCCCAACUCAGCCAUCUGCUAUCCUCAGCAUGAAGAAAAGCUGCGUCUUACUGAUGCAUCUGGUGCGUACAAGGCGAGGGGAUAUGCAUAUAGUGGCGGUGGUCGACGCAUAACACGAGUCGAGGUAACCUUGGACAAGGGCAAGACUUGGAGGCUGGCCGACAUCGAGUACCCUGAGGAUCGCUAUCGCCAGGUCGACAGGAAUUUGUUCGGUGGCCAAGUUGAUAUGUCCUGGCGAGAGACGUGCUUUUGUUGGUGCUUCUGGUCAAUAGACCUACCAACGAGUGAGCUUUCUGCAUCGAAGGACAUCUUUGCCCGCGCAAUGGACGAAAGUAUGAAUGUGCAGCCUCGAGAUAUGUACUGGUCCGUUCUGGGGAUGAUGAAUAACCCAUGGUUUCGCGUCACUAUUACACCAGAAGCUGACUACCUCCGCUUUGAACACCCCACGCAACCGGCGCUCAUGCCUGGUGGCUGGAUGGAAAGGGUGAAGAAGGCGGGCGGAAACCUUGCAAAUGGCUUUUGGGGUGAAAAGCUUGACGGUGAAAAGGAAGUACCACAGGAAGAAGGACAAAGCAAAGAGAUCUCCAUGGUCAAGGAAGGCUUGAAGAAUCCAAUAACUAUCGACGAGCUGAGGAAACAUGACAAUGAAGAGAAGCCCUGGUUUAUUGUCAAAGGUGAAGUGUACGACGGCACAGCCUUCCUCGAUGGGCACCCGGGAGGGGCGCAGAGCAUCAUUUCGGCGGCAGGACUUGAUGCCACUGAAGAGUUUAUGGCAAUCCACAGCGAGACCGCCAAAGCCAUGAUGCCCAAAUACCACGUUGGCUCCUUGGAUGAUGCCGCAAAGACUGCUCUGACUGAGGGCGGCUCCGAGGCUGAUCAGUCUGGGAAACCCUCGGAAACCUUCCUGAACCCGAAAGCAUGGAAGAAAGCUGUUCUACACGAAAAGAAAACCGUUUCUUGGGACACACGCAUCUUCACCUACAAGCUGGAGCAUCCACAACAGCGUCUUGGACUCCCUGUUGGACAACAUCUAAUGGUCAGGCUUCGAGACCCCGCCACCCGGGAGGCCAUUAUUCGCAGCUACACGCCAAUUUCCGAGAUCAACGAUCAGGGCUACAUGCAAAUGUUAGUCAAAGUAUACCUUGCUGAUGACCGCGGCAAAGGAGGAAAGAUGACCCAAGCGAUGGAUGCGCUUCCAAUUGGCCAUCCUAUUGAGAUGAAGGGACCCAUUGGGAAGUUCGAAUAUCUAGGGAACGGCGACUGCCUUAUCCAGGGUAAACAAAGACACGUCAAAUCCUUUGUGAUGAUUUGCGGUGGGAGUGGAAUCACUCCCAUCUACCAAGUCUUCCGCGCUGUGCUUCAAAACCCGAACGACAGAACACGCUGUAUUAUUUUUGAUGGCAACCGAUUGUACGAAGAUAUCUUGUGCAAGGAAGAACUCGACGUGCUUUGGAAGGGAAACGAAGACAGAUGCCGGAUCUUACAUACUCUCACGAAACCGCCCGACGACUGGACCGGCCUUCGAGGAAGGAUUACAGGACAGUUGGUCCAGGACAAUUGUACACAGACGGAAGAUACGCUGGUGUUGAUUUGUGGACCGGGAGCGCUGGAAAAGACCAUGCACAAGGCUCUUCUGCAGCAAGGAUGGAGCGAUGAGCAAUUGAUGUUCUUUUGA